GAGAGAGAGGCGCCACUCGCAAUCAUCGAUUUUGCCUGUGUCGUGAUUAACACUUUGGGAGCAAUGAGAGCCAGGGAUUGGAAUUAUAAUUCUGAAGAGAAUUAGCCAUCAUCAUCAACAGCUCAAAUUAAACAGCUGGACGCAAGGACAUAGUGGCAUCGCUUUAUGCAUUUGAUUAGAUAAUCUCAAUGUUACCCAUUAAUUAUGCUGUGAAAUGGUAACCUUAUGCUAUGUGGAUCGUUUUUUUGAUGAGGGAAAUGUAUAGCCUGACGGAUAUCCGACAGAGAUUAUAGCAGUUAUGAUAUUGACAAUAUUCAAAGUGGAUGAAAUUAGCACGCGAUUUGGGGGUGCUGAUGUUGCUUUUUCUGCGUUAGUUCGAUGUUGUUGCGUGAGGCUGGGCACUGUGUUAGAUAUAGGAAAUAAAUUGGACGUGUGCAUGCGAAGACAAUGGUGUUUUAGCGCGUGUUGAAUUCUGUGAGCCUGUGCAUGUGGAUGUGGCACGUCCCCGGUUUAUAUUCGUUUUAUUUGCGACGAAAUAUGCAAGGCGACCCAAGGUGCGAGAAAAAUGCCUAUAGCUCAUGUCGUUGUUGCGCCGCACUCCGGGGCUCUAGCUGGGCUCGACAACAAUAGACUAACCUCAGUUUGUAGCUGAAGAGGAGACAAGCAAGCUGAUGAAUGCUUUACCACCCUACCUAUCAAGCUGUAGCAAAAACAUAUAGCAAGCAUCUUCCUCGCCUCCAGGAUCUUUCCGGAUGUCUCUGCAAGACUAGGCAAAUCUGUCGGCUUAUUUUAAGUGAGGAAUCUGUUGCGCUCCCGUGCAGUGGAGAGCGCGGUUGGAGAGGUAGCCUACCCCAGCCCGUGGAACUGCGCCCCUUGAUUAGCCUCCGACUCCGAGCCAAGGACCACACUGUAUACCAGCUCCCCACUGAUAAUGGGAGGAAUGUUCUCACUAGAAACCUUUUGAGACUGAGAAAACUCUGAGGAGCUCCGUGUGGGAUGCAACACCAGACAGGAGAGGCGAGUCGGAGACAGACCAGACGCUGACUCUGCGUGCCAGGUUAGGGCCUGGAUUCUUGCCGGAUUCUUGCCGGCGCCUGUGGAUCUGGCCAGAAAAUACAAACCUUCCCUGUUUGGGCAUUUGUCUGGACAGGGACAUCAUCACUCUAGAACAUCUACAUUCUACCAAAGCAGCUUGAAGUUGUAGCAGCAUUUUUGCAGACAUUAGUAUUUUGGUGUCUGACCCUAAGCAGCAUCCCAAAGAGCCUCUCCAGGGGCCAGUUUAGUGAACCAGAGACUAGGCAGUGAUCACUAUGCAGGUUUCUUUCGCCUGCACUGAGCACAACCUGAAGAGCCGCAGUGAGGACCGACUAUGUGGCCUUCGCACCGCGCCACCCCCUGGGGGAGGCAGUGGAGGAGGUGGUGGAGGGAGCAGCCAAGGGGGUAAUGGCAACUAUAACACCCAUGGCUCAGCCAAGCCCAGGGAGCAGUCGGGGUCCCGCCCAGUUCCCCAAGGCCAUGCCCACAUGAAGGAGGCCAUAGGGCGCCACAGCAGUAUGAAAUACAGGAACUUAGGGAAGUCUGGUCUGCGUGUGUCCUGCUUGGGGCUGGGCACCUGGGUGACAUUUGGAUCGCAGAUCUCUGACGAGAUGGCUGAGAACCUGAUGACCAUUGCCUAUGAUGCAGGGGUGAACCUCUUUGACACAGCAGAGGUGUAUGCCUCCGGCAGGGCUGAAAUCACCCUAGGGAACAUCAUGAAGAAGAAAGGAUGGAGGCGUUCUAGUUAUGUUGUGACAACCAAGAUCUACUGGGGAGGGCAGGCGGAGACAGAAAGGGGACUCUCCAGAAAGCACAUCAUUGAAGGUUUGAGAGGAUCCCUGUCCAGACUCCAGUUAGAUUAUGUGGACAUCGUCUUUGCCAACCGUAAUGAUGUCAACAGCCCAAUGGAAGAGAUAGUACGGGCCAUGACCUUUGUAAUAAAUCAGGGCAUGGCAAUGUACUGGGGCACAUCUCGCUGGAGUCCCAUGGAGAUCAUGGAGGCGUACUCAGUGGCGCGUCAGUUUAAUCUGAUCCCACCUGUAUGUGAGCAGGCUGAGUAUCACUACUUCAAGAGGGACAAGGUGGAGGUGCAGCUCCCUGAACUCUACCACAAGAUAGGUGUAGGGGCAAUGACCUGGUCUCCCCUUGCGUGUGGACUGAUCACAGGGAAGUAUUGUGAGGGUGUACCUGACAUCUCCAGGGCUAACAUAAAAGUGCAGGGUUACCAGUGGCUGAAGGAGCGUGUCAACAGUGAGGAGGGACGCAAGCAGCUGGCCAAGAUCAAAGAGCUCCACCUAAUGGCCGACAGACUGGGAUGCACCGCCGCACAGCUAGCCAUUGCCUGGUGUCUGCGCAGUGAGGGAGUGAGCUCAGUGCUGCUCGGUGUCUCCAAUACUGACCAGCUGGUGGAAAACCUGGGUGCCCUUAGGCUUAUUUCACAGAUGACUCCUCAGACCGUGGCUGAGAUUGACUCACUCCUGGGAAACAAGCCCCACUCCAAGAAAGAGUCGCGAGCAUGAAGAGGAAAUUAUGGAGUAAAGGACAGAGUCAGAGAAAGAUGAAGAAAAGGUGAUGAUAUUGAGGAACAUCGCUCUUUCACCCUCCAGUGUAAUCAACAACUUGCAUGUCCUCAGCAACAUUGUGCUUCCAGUAUUUGCGCAUAUCCAUUCUGCGCAUUGCAUUGUAUCAUGUAUGAAAAAAAUAAAAUAAUUCAUGUGCAAAAACAAAGAUUAGAUCAUAUAUAUUACAGAUCCCUCACUGACUGAUAAUGUCCACAAACAGAGGGUGAGGCAGGUAGCCUAGCGGUUAAGAGUGUUGGGCCAGUAACCGAAAGGUCGCUGGUUAGAAGCCCUGAGC